AAUGUUGAAGCCUCAUUAUAACAUAUAAUGUAAGUGUGAUGAAAUGAAAUUUAACUAAUAAGUUUAGUUUUAAAUGAAUAAAUUUCUUUAAAUUAUAUAAGUAUUUUUGGUAAUCACAACCCCGUUGUUGAAUUUGCCUUAGAUUCUAAAGUUGUAAGCAUAGUUUAUAAUUCCUCACUAUUGUAUCGAAUAUAGAGGGAAAUUUUAGGAUUAGAACAAGCACAAACACUUUGAUGAGCAAUGCAUCCCUUUUUUAAGCAUCUAUGAUAUUGAUAUAAAAAGAUAUGUACUUUCCACAGAAUAUAUAACUAAAGAACAUAUAAUUGGAACAAAUUUUGCAUACAUUUCGAUCAUAUUUUUCUAAUUUGUUGGCAAACUCUACAGUCUUUACUUAUUCAUAUAGAGCUAGAAUGCUGUUUCUAUUCGCAAUUUCAGAAUGAAUCAUGAUUUUAAAUUUGUCAAAUAACUAAAAAGAAGUAAUAAUGUAUAAAAAUACUUUGAUCCAUGAUGAUUAAGUAAAUUUGACCCGAUCUGCCAUAAGAACAACUUUCGUUAACAACCAUUCUAAGGGAAAGCUAAUCUAAGUAGAAUAUAUAAAAUAGAUUACUUUUUUAAGAUUUCCAUCCAUACGAUAUUCAGUGGAUGCUCUAUCAAAUU